UGUAGAAGUGGUUGCUAAAGCAGAGUUUUCAGACAAAUAAAUUGAGUAUUAUUUCGUACGAUAAGUAUAAUACGUCAUACGUCACAUAUUUUAAAGUCUCCUGCACAAACACCGUGAAAAAAAAAGAAAGGAAAAAAAGAACGCCAAUCGCACUGAGUUUGCGUGAGGCGCCAUGUCGCCAGUAAAAUUCUGUUUACAUCUUAGUCUGAUCGAGUUGGAAGGGAAAGAAGUUACUUUCCAUGGCCCCGCAAUACUGCAAGUUCUACUCAGUAGGAGCGAACUUCAAUGUAAGUGGAACAGUAUAAAGAAUCCAUAAGCUACGAAACGAAUUUUUGUACAGAGAAGACAUAUUCACCAAUUUAUCAAACGAACAAGUAAAACGCCACCUGUUGGCCAGAUUGAAGAAUUAUGAACGAGGCCGAGCGAGAAGAAAAUCGGGGAGCCUACUUCAUGGAUGACAUGGACAGUAAAAAGGAUACAGACGAAGAGCCCACUGAGGAUGCUCCUCUAAGAGGACACGAUGGUGCGAUGGCCGUUGUCGUCAGCAACAAAGAGAACGAAAGUGGCGCUGCCAAUGGAACCUCCGGGAAAGAAGUAAGGGCUAAGGGUUUACGGGCAUGGUUAGCUAAGCCUCGUGUCAAGUGGUGGAUUGCUGUAUUAGUCGCAAUCAUACUGGUAUCGAUAAUUCUCGUGACAACAUUGCUGGCGAUGGAAGACACUCCCCAAUACUACGUAGACACCACUCCUCGACUGAUGAAAGUAUUUCCUAUCCCCAAAGGUCGCAACAAGUUGAUUUAUUUUCGCCAUGGAAGUCUACCUCACGAGGGCAAAUAUUGGCCUGAUCUGACCCGUCAGUUAUCUCAGCUAGUGUCUGGGUACGACCCAAGACAACUCAACUAUAAAAAUGUUACUGAGUGCUACGGAGAACCACCACCUGAGGGAUACGCCUGUAUCUUUGACAUCCGUCAGAUUUCACCCGAAUGCAUCGAAGCCAACGAAUUUGGAUACAAAGGUGGCACCCCUUGCAUUUUCCUUCAGUUUCCAAACGUCAGCAACUGGGAGCCUAACACCUAUACCACUCAUGACUUGGAAACUAUGAAACACCUUCCGGAAAAAUUGCGCUACGACUACCAACCCAAUUAUGCUUACAUAGGUUGUGAGGGAGACAACAUUGUCGACAAAGAAAACAUGGGUCCUUUACUCUACUCACCGGAACAAGGAUUUCCAAUGAAUUUUUUCCCCUUUACUGGUCAUCCCGACUACAUGCCUCCUAUAGUUGUUUUGCGCUUUCAGAAGCCGAAAAUUGGAGUUGCUAUAAAUGUAAUUUGUAAACUGUGGGCGAAGAAUGUUAAUCAUACAGAAAACUCGGUUCCCAACGGGACUGUUCGUUUUACCCUUCUUGUGGAUUAGUGCGACUAAAAGUUCACAGAACUAAGUCAAACACCAGGAUCUUCGGGGAAAGAAAGAGUUUUGAAAAGAAAAAAAUUGAAAUUAAUCUGUAGUUGUUUGUGCCAAAACUUUUAUUUAUAUAAUUUUGCCUCGAAAUUUAACUACAAGAAAUAUGUAUGAACCACACUUACCCAAUUUGAAUGACUUUUUUCCCCUAUUUAUGCUUUGGGUAAAGUAAAUAAUUGGAGUUCGUUGGAGCAACCGCAUACAUGAUAAGUACAUUUUAUCUUUACUUCACAGAAUAAAAAAACAAAAAAAAAACGUAAAUAUGGAUAAACUUAGUAUACUUUUCCAUUACAUGACGGAAUAUAUAGAACGAAAAGCAUGGGUAGAUUUGUAACAGGGAGUAUAUUAUGAUAAAAAAUAUACACCAUUCAAGUAAGACACUGACACUCUAGUAACUGAAACUUAAAUAUGACGAUUUCUUUUGAAAUUACGUUUGAAAAAGUGUAUCUAUUAAUAUUAAAAUUCUUCAUUUUAGGAAGAGAAUGAAA